AGCUGAUUACUCAACAACACCGUCAUACUCCACGGGGGGUUGAUAAAUGCGUUUUGCUUCCAACUCUAAUAAAUAGGUUAAAUGGUACUCAUUAAAACCCACGAUCAGUACUAUUAAGUUCUACGUCUUUUUAUUCUAAAUCUUUAUUAUCAUCAUGACUACUAUGAAAGCUCUAGUCUCUAAUCGCAGCAUCGUCACACGACUCAUCAACGCCACACGCGCAAAGGCCAUCGGAGGCCAGGGUGGCCGUGUCCAGGACGAUGUACCCAUUCCCACCAUCUCCUCCAACGAAAUCCUCGUGAAAGUCAAAGCUGUAGCCCUGAACCCUACCGACUUCAAGCAUCUCGACAUUAUCUCUCCCACCAACUCGAUCAUCGGAUGUGAUUACGCAGGCGUCGUUCAUCAAGUCGGUGACUCUGUCAGAGAUAGGUGGAAGGUCGGCGAUCGUGUCGCUGGCGCUGUUCACGGCGGUUUAUAUCCUGACAAAGGCGCCUUCGCAGAGUACUUGAAGAUUGAUGCGGAUCUGGCCUGGAGAGUCCCCGAUGACAUCAGUGAUACAGACGCAACUACAUAUGGAGUCUCUGCUGUGACAGCCAUGCUGGUCCUCAAUGUCCAUCACGGGAUCCCUUUCGUCGAUACUAAACCUGCUACUCCCAAGAAUGAAGCCAUCUUCAUUUACGCCGGAGCAACAAGUGCAGGCCUAUACCAUAUCCAGCUUGCAAAGGCAGCUGGGUACACAGUAGUCACAACUGCCUCGCCCCGUUCAUUCCAGCUAGUAAAGCAAUACGGCGCCGAUGUCGUAUUCGACUACAAUUCACCCUCCGUCGCAGAAGACAUCAUCAAAGAGUACCCCAAGAUCACAAAGGCGGUGGAUUGUUUCUCCGAGGGCAAAUCAACAUCCAUCUGCGCCGCGGUGCUCAAGCCCAGUGGCGGUAAGGUGGUUACGCUUCUGCCGAAUGGUAAAUCUAGCACUCCUGGUGUAACUUACGACCUUGUCAUGUCGUAUACGGCUAUGGGGCAUGCCUUUCAGUGGUUACCGCCAAUUGGACCCAAGUUUGAAGCCAGGCCGCAAGAUCGUGCGGCCCUUGUUCGCUUUUAUGAAAGUCUACCACGAAUUACUCAUCUCCUGAAACCUAUCCCGACGAUUGAACUCAAGAACGGUUUUGAUGGUGUGCUUGAGGGACUGGAUAAAUUGCGGGCAGGUCAGGUAGCAGGAGGCAAGCAGGUGGUCAGGUUUAAUAUAGGAGAGUAACAAAUUCAACAUUUUAAGCUCUCAUAGUACUGGGGUGACUAGAUUCAUACGUAAUUAGCUGUGUUUUAAUUUAUUUUACUCUUCUUCAAAUUUACAAAGUACAAAGUCAUUAUU